AUCACUCUUGAACUGUAUGCGUGUGCAGUGCAGUGAUCCUCUCUUAGUUGUGAGUUUUCAUGGCGAAGAAAUCGCAGAAAAGCCUCAAGAACACUACCUCCACCACCACUGCCAAGAGGACACGCAAAAGCGUCCCAAGAGACUCACCUCCACAACGAAGCUCAAUCUAUAGGGGUGUCACAAGGCAUCGUUGGACUGGUCGAUAUGAGGCUCAUUUAUGGGAUAAGAAUUGCUGGAAUGAAUCACAGAGCAAAAAGGGAAGACAAGUAUAUCUAGGGGCAUAUGAUGAUGAAGAAGCUGCAGCACGUGCCUAUGACUUGGCAGCAUUGAAGUACUGGGGCCAAGAUACCAUUCUCAAUUUUCCAUUGUCGAAUUAUGAGGAGAAGCUCAAGGAGAUGGAGGGCCAGUCAAAGGAAGAAUAUAUUGGGUCCUUGAGAAGAAAAAGUAGUGGGUUCUCUCGGGGAGUUUCAAAAUACAGAGGCGUAGCAAGACACCACCAUAACGGAAGAUGGGAAGCCCGAAUUGGCAGGGUCUUCGGCAACAAAUAUCUAUACCUCGGAACUUAUGCUACACAAGAAGAGGCAGCUGCAGCAUAUGAUAAGGCAGCUAUAGAGUACAGAGGACUUAACGCCGUUACAAACUUUGACCUUAGCCGUUAUGCCAAUUGGAUACGUCCCAACACUGAAGAAAAUCAUCAAAAUCCCAGCAAUGAAAAUCUAAACACAAAUCCUGAACUUGAACUAGGGUUUGUGUCGCAUGAUCUUGGUUCAUCCAGCGAUGAGACAAGAGAAGAGGGUUCUAGUGGUGCUACCACAACAUCUUCUGCACUUGGGAUACUCCUACAAUCAUCCAAAUUCAAAGAAAUGAUAGAAAAGAAUUCUUCAAGUACUACAGAUUACCCUCCACCACCUGCAGAAUCAAAUCCUUCAAGACGCACUUUCCCUGAAGACAUUCAAACAAUUUUUGAAAGUGAAGAUUCAGGUAUCUACAAUGAAACUGAUGACAUCAUUUUUGGUGAUUUGGGUUCCUUUGGUGCACCUAUUUUUCAUUACGAGCUCGAUGCUUAGAAGGAAGCAGACUUCUAUUAAUACCUUAGUUUUCAAAACCAAAAUGAUAAAGAAAUUAGGGGGUAUGAGUAAACAUUUUAGAGAUCCGGUGGAAGAUUCUUUAAAGGGUAACACAGAGGGAGGGGGUAAUAAAUUUGAUAAUUUUAUUGGUUAAUUAUCGUACCAAUUGUUUCUCACUAUUUUGAUACAACAGUUUCAUUUUAACAAUUUAGUUUUGUUAUGUCUGUCUCCAUGGAAGUGUGUAUAUAUAUGUGACUAUGUUUAGUUAUUCUAAGAAAUGAUAAUAGUUAACAAGUAUAAAUUAUUGAAUCA